GGCUAUUAUAGAAUAAUGGUUUGAACGGUUGAAAUAAGAGUAUCUUGCAAAAACUUUGUAAACUUCCACAUUCAAACGCGUCGCGUCGCUUCUAGCGAAAUGAUCUGUAUUGUAACUGAACAUUUUUUUAUUAAUCGAAUUCUUCUGCUAGUACUUGGCUUAUGGCCCUGUCAACGAUCAAAACUUGUCCUACUCCAGACUAUCAUAUUUUUUGCCAUAUUGAUGAGUUUUGUAAUAUUUCAGAUUACAGUACUUCUAACUGCAGAAUACACUAUAGAUCUUCUCAUCAAUGUUUUGACCACCGCAUUAUUAUGCUGUCUUUUAUUGGUUAAUUUUCUUUCGUUCUGGAUUAAUAUGCGAACUGUAACUUGUUUACUGAAAAAACUACAGGAAAUUUGUAGUGAGUUGAAGGACGAGAAUGAAAUUGCAAUUAUAAAAAGAUAUGGUUAUCGAGGGAGACAAAUUACUAUUAUUCUUAUACUGUUAUACGCGUUCCCUGAAAUCGUAAUUAUUGCUCAGCCAAUUUGGCCACGCGUUCUUGGCAUUUUUUUGUUCCUGAACGAAUCUUUGUUCCAUCGCAAAACGUUAAUCUUGACUGAGUACUUUGUCGAUCAAGAAAAAUAUUCUUACUUAAUCAUGUUGCAUACGAACAUAGCAGUUUUCAUAGGAACAUUUGCAAUGAUAGCAACAGGAAUGCUGCUUCUGGUGUCUCUUAAACAUGCCUGUGGAAUGUUUAGUAUCGCCAGUUAUCGCAUAGAACGAGCAAUUACAAACAAUAAGCGAGAAAAUGUUAAUUUAAAGGACCAGAAUGUGAUUUUUAAGAGGAUGGUCUAUGCGAUAGACAUUCAUCGUAAAGCUAUGCAAUACUCCAAUUUUCUAAUAUCCAGCUUUGAGGGAACUUUCUUUCUUUUUAUUGCGUUGGGCGUGGUUUGUUUGAGUCUUAAUCUUUUUCGAAUUGUUCAGCUUGCAUCAACCGGAGGUGAUAAAUUAGAACUUUUCUUACGUUUUGUAUACAUAAUUCUUAUUCUUUCAUACAUGUUCUUUGCCAACGCAAUCGGACAGGAAAUUACAGAUCACAAUGAUCAAGUAUAUUUUACAGCAUACAAAGUUAUAUGGUAUAUAAUGCCCUUACAUGUGCAGAAAUUAAUAUUAUUUCUGAUACAAAGAGGUAACAAAACUUUCGGAUUGAAUGUGGGUGGAUUAUUUGUUGCAUCCUUAGAGUGUUUUGCAACGUUGAUAAGUGCAUCAGUAUCUUAUUUUACCAUAAUAUAUUCUACGCAACAGUGACGUGAAUGUAUCCGCCAUUUAAUAGUAUAUCGAAAUGUAGCAUUCAAAACGUGUCUGGAGAUGGCACUGAUUCAAUUAUAUUUUGUCGGAAAGUAAUUUUAUUCGGAGGAGUGGGAUAUAGGUGAUACACCGUGUGAGGCUAGUAAUUGGUGCCGCCGUAUUCAAAGGAGAGCUGGACACACACAAUUUGUCGGUGUUAAAUAUUCUCUUGAAAUACAUGAAAUUUAGUUACGCUACUAACUGCAAAAUUGAACACUUUUUAGAAUAGUUUAACUAUUAAAUGGUAUAGACUCGAGCAUCAUACAUAUUAGUAUAAUUCGUUAACAUGUCGAGCUUGAGACAAAUGCGACUGAUGUUCUUCUCAACGAUCAAACGUACCUCACGAGUAUUUAUACUGGAAUGAAGCACUUGAAUUGUGGAAAGAGCGACUACGCUUGCGACUACGCUUGCGUAAAUUUCGGC